AUUCUCUGUUAGUUGAUUGGGAGAUUUCAUCUGGAACAGACCGCAUUCGUGGCUUAUCGGUAGAAACAGAGGCGCUUUUCCGAAAUGUGGACCAAAUCCUUGAUAUACGUCGCGAUCUUUGGCCUUUUUUGGGGGUCGAUUGCGGGAACUGCAGUUGAUCAGUUUGGGAUGUAUGGUGGUUCACCCAUCACCACCACGGAAAAGAGUAAUGCCGAGUUGCGCUGCAUGAACAUCAAUCCGCAGCACUCGGUGGACUUGGAACAGAUAAUGGGCCUCUGGUACGGCAGCGAGAUCAUCGUGCACAGCCAAGACUUUCCGGGCACAUACGAGUAUGACUCAUGUGUCAUCAUCCAUCUAGCCGAUGCCACGGAUAUGAUUCGUUUGAGCCAGGCAAAUCGCGGCUAUGGCUAUGGAAAUCCGGACUACAACCGGAAUCAGAACAACUAUGGACGCACCACCACCACCCAAUCCUCUUAUCUGGACAGCGAUGAGUACCAGUCCAGAUCCAAUCAGCGCCAGCAGAAGUAUCUCCGCUUGAUCUGGAGCGAGCGCGACAACAACCUGGAGUACACCUUUAACUACACCUCCAGUGCACCUGGCCAUUGGUCGAACAUUGGGGAGCAGCGAGGAUCCCUGGUCACCCUGAACAGCUACACCCAGUUCACGGGCACCGUCCAGGUGGUGAAAGCGGUCAACGAUCACCUGGUGCUGACCUUCUGCGGCAACGAUGUGAAGAGCUCCAUAUACACAGUGGUUCUCACCCGCAAUCGCCUUGGUCUCAGCUCAGAUGAGCUGCGUAGCAUCCGGAACCUGCUUUCCCGCCGUGGACUCUACACGGAGACCAUUCGCAAGGUGUGCAACGGAUGUGGGCGGUUGGGCGGCAGCCUCUACGCCCUCUUAGCUCUUUUGCUGGUGGCACGCUUGGCCUGGGGGCGUGGCCAGUGAGCUGGAGGGGAUCGUCAGAUCGCCAGAUCGCCGAAGUGCAGCCGGCGUAUUUAAUGAGUCCAGCCAUAUUACGUUAAUUUAUGUAUAAUUUUCUUAAGCAAUACACAAGAGAGAUCGGCGAGUGCGCUCCCCGAAAACUAACUACUCACA